CCGAGCCCAGAGGGGAGCCGGGAACCGAGGUCAGGCGGCCGGACUCGGGCGACCGAAGUUACCCGAAUCUCAUUUUCAACUCCUGCCAAAGCCAGUAGCAGCUGAGAAAGAAAGCCAUACUCUUUGAAAAGUGUCAGCCAGCCCAGAGUGCAGGAUGGAUCUUGAUGUGCUUAAUAUGUUUGUGAUCGCGGGCGGGACACUGGCCAUCCCAAUUCUGGCGUUUGUGGCCUCUUUUCUUCUGUGGCCUUCAGCAUUGAUAAAAAUCUAUUAUUGGUACUGGCGGAGGACGUUGGGCAUGCAGGUUCGCUAUGUGCAACAUGGAGAUUACCAGUUCUGUUAUUCCUUCCGGGGCCGGCCUGGACACAAGCCGUCCAUCCUCAUGCUGCACGGAUUCUCUGCCCACAAGGACAUGUGGCUCAGUGUCGUCAAGUUCCUUCCAAAGAAUCUGCAUUUGAUCUGCGUGGAUAUGCCAGGACACGAGGGCACCACUCGCUCCUCCCUGGAUGACCUGUCCAUAGAUGGGCAAGUCAAAAGAAUCCAUCAGUUUGUUGAAUGCCUCAAGCUGAAUAAGAAACCCUUCCACCUGAUCGGCACAUCCAUGGGUGGCCACGUGGCUGGUGUGUAUGCUGCCUAUUACCCAUCGGAUAUUUCCAGCCUGUGCCUUGUGUGCCCUGCUGGCUUGCAGUAUUCAGCUGAUAAUGAGUUUGUACAACGGAUCAAAUCGCUGGAAGACUCACCCACCACACACAAGAUUCCCUUGGUCCCAUCCACUCCAGAAGAGAUGAGUGAAAUGCUCCAGCUCUGCUCCUAUGUCCGCUUCAAGGUGCCUCAGCAGAUCCUUCAAGGCCUUGUGGAUGUCCGCAUCCCCCAUAACAACUUCUAUCGGAAGUUGUUUUUGGAAAUCGUGAGUGAAAAGUCCAGAUACACUCUGCAUCAGAACAUGGAGAAGAUCAAGGUCCCAACACAGGUCAUCUGGGGAAAACAAGACCAGGUACUCGACGUUUCUGGAGCAGAUAUGCUGGCCAAGUCAAUCGCCAACUGCCAGGUGGAGCUUCUGGAAAACUGUGGGCACUCAGUGGUGAUGGAGAGACCUCGGAAGACAGCCAAGCUCAUUGUUGACUUUUUAGCUUCUCUGCACAACACAGACAACAACAAAAAGCUGGACUGAGCCCCCUUCUGCAGCCUGCAUUCUGCACAGCAUCAGCCCCCAGAACCUGACACGGCCACCACUCUCAGGAAUCCUGCCCCAAACGCGGUUGGAGCACCAGCGCCAGUGUCCCUGAAGAAGCCAGGCCCCUGUUUCCUAUAUCCUUGGUUCCAUAGAGCUUCAAGAGCCACAGGAACUCUCCAAGAUCUUUUUUGUCCACCCCCCCCAAAUGAAAACCCAAAUGGAACAAAAUAAGAAAGCCUAGCCAUGAAACCUACUGAGGUCUUCAAUUUCUGUCACUGACAAGCUUGUGUUCAAUGGCCACCUUGGCCCAUCAUCAUCAAGAAUAUUUUCUUUAAGACACUGCUUCACACACUCAAACUCAAGGUAUUUUUUUUUUGUGGCUUCAGAUAUAUCCCCUGCAUGGUCAGUGUUUUUUACAGGAGCGUUAGUCCUCAUUCUCUGAACCUUCUUGUUUAGAUCAAAUUCACAUUUUGCAUAGAGACUUUCAGAAAUGUGAAUGCAGCAAUGAGCUGCAAGAUCAGGAAGAAAGUAGAAAUGGCCCCCACCUCAGAAAGAAAGAAAGAAAGAAAAAGAAAG